AUUACGGAAGGAGUGAUGAAUUGAAUUGCAAUUCAUUGACGAAAAAAGAUUACAUUUGUAUUAAUUGUAGGAAUAAUUCAUUCAUCACUUCAUUCACAGUUGUGUCCGCAAACUCGGCAGACAUACAAUCGAAGCGUCGUUUAAUGGGCUUGAGUUCAUCCAAAGACAUGGAAGUCCCGGAUUCGGUGAAGCGUUUGGUCGACACAUUGAUCGCUGACCACAAAGUGAUGGUCUUCUCCAAGAGUUACUGUCCGUACUGUACGAAAGCCAAGAAAGUGUUGGAGAAGUACCCGAUUGUGAGCGGACAGUAUGAGGUGAUGGAGUUGGAGAACAGGGAUGACUGCAAUCAGAUCCAGGAGUAUAUGAAACAACUGACCGGCGCCUCAUCUGUGCCCCGAGUGUUCAUCAAUGGUGUCUCUAUCGGCGGCGGUGACGAUACGGCCCGACUUGACUCUAACGGACAAUUGGGCAAAAAAUUAGAGGAAUGCCAGGCAUUGGCCCCCAGGAUAUGAACAAGACAUUUAUGGAGACAAUUGAUGUAAACAUAAGACAUUUACAAUUAACAUUUUCUUAAAUAUAAACCAAAAACUUUUUAAUACUAAAAUUUGUCAUAAUUUCUAACCAUUUAUUGGUGUCAAUAAUAAGUUAUCCAAAGAUAUUCAACAAUUUCUAAAAAUAUGAAUUAUAUUUAACUUGAAUUUUAUCUAAAUAUUAAACGUUUAAAUUAAUUAUUAUACCCAAUAA